CGCGUGUUGCUGCUGACAUGGACUUCUCCCUGCAAUUGAACCCCCAAGAUCCCCCCGACGUCGACGACCGACCGAGCUACUACACACGCAACCGCGAACAAGUUCGAGAAAGCCAACGCCUGUACCGAGAGAGCAACCGCGAGAAAAUCCGAGCGAUUCACAGGGCGUACUACCUCAAGAACCGCGAGAAAAUUACGGCCUACAAACGCCAGCGAUGGCACCAGCGAAAAGCAGUGGCCAUCCAUGACGACGGCAGCGACCACUCUGCCAACCCCUCGACCAACUGCAUGUACAAAUGCAACAACGUGCCGCCACGACCGAGCAACGGGUGCCAGACCUUUGAGUGUUGUGCGACGGCGCCCAAGAUGCAAUUGGGUUUUCUCUUAAACACGUAGUACCUUACGCGAGGAGUAGACGAGCGAGUCGGUGGACGAUUUCGUGCCGUGACUUGAAUGGAGUGCGUUGUGUUGAACAAA